AUGUUAAAAUAUAUGAAUUUAUCUGUGGAUCCCUGUGAAGAUUUCUAUGAAUAUACCUGUGGCAAUUGGAAUCGUUAUCAUUCGGCCGAAUUGGAAAAUGAACCGGCAACGGGUCUUUUGGAAACUUUACAAAAAUCUUUGGAUGACAAACUCAUGGAAAUAUUAUUAUCCCGAGAACCUAUGGAUACGGUAGUGGACAGGAAGACGAAGGAUUUUUAUAAAUCCUGUUUAAAUUUACCCAACCUGAAACAGAAAUACCCACAAAAGCUAAAGAAGAUAAUUGCUGAAUUUGGUGAAAUGCCAGCCUUGGCGGGCGAACAAUGGCAGGAUACAAAAUUUGAUUGGUUGCAGACCAUUGCCGAGAUUGCCCAUAAGUAUGGUAUUAGUAUUAUUAUCGGCGCCCAGGUCUCGAUAGAUUUGGCUGACAACACGGUAAAUCGUUUGUAUAUUAACGAACAGGAUUUGGCCUUGGAAGAGAAGUCGGUAUACAAUGACAAAGAGAAGUCGAUUUUGAUAAAGGGUCUUCAAAAUGUUGUGUCCUCAAGACUAACAAAUUUCCUUGAUAUGGAUGUGGAAUUGGCCAAAGAAGUAGCCAAAGAAAUUGUGCAAUUUGAAACUGCCCUGGCCCAAGGGGUGGAUGAAUUGGAAUCUGUAACAGAUUUUCAAGAGAUAGUAACCCUAACGACACUGGAAGAGGCUCAAACUAAAUAUGGCACAGAAGUAGAUCUAAAAAGACUUGUCCAAUUAUCCUUGGGUUCCAUACCCGAACUACAGGUGUAUAUAAGUGAAAACUAUAUCAACAAUUUAAUAGAAGUUCUGAAGACCACACCACACCGCCAAGUGGCAAAUUAUAUUUUUUAUAAUUUAAUUAGUAAAUUUCUGGUGACAAUUCCCCAGGCCAAGGCGGAUCUGCAGGUUAACUGCUUAAGUGGCAUGAAAGAAUAUUUUAUCAAAAUAUUCGAUAAUAUGGUUUAUAGGAAAUUUAAAACCGAAGAAAUUGAAGAAGGUAUACAACUGAUGUGGCAAGAAAUAAAAGCAGCCUUUAAGGACUCCCUCGAAUCGAAUAAUUACAAUUGGAUAAAUGGCGAAACACGUAAAUAUGCUGUGGAAAAACUUGAGGCCAUGGAAUUGGAAAUUGUCUCCUACGACGAUUAUGAUUUUGCCAGCCUCUACAAAAAUCUGCACGUCGAUACCAAAGAUUACAUAGAAAAUCUCAAAUCAUUGUAUAUCCUUGGCGCCCAACAAAAUCGUGAUAGUAUCAAUGAACCACCACAGGCCAUAGAUUUGGGUGAUGAUUUGUCCACCACCCCAUCCUAUAUAUUAAUUGAAAAUUCCGUCAAAGUUCCCGUCACACUUCUGCAAUCGAAUUAUAUAUGGUCACCACAUUAUCCGAAUGCCUUUAAUUAUGGUGUGCUGGGUGCUUUACUCUCUCACGAGCUUCUACAUGGUUUCGAUGACACCGGACGUAGCCAUGGCAAGGAUGGCAACAUUUUGGAAUGGUGGGAUCCUAAAUCUCAGGAGAAUUUCAACAAAAGAUCACAAUGCUUCAAUCGGCAAUAUCAGCAUUUUAUUUUCCACAACAGACAUUUACCCGAUAUGCCAGCUCAGGGUGAGAAUAUUGCCGAUAAUGGUGGGGUUCGUUUGGCAUAUUCAGCUUAUAUGAAAUGGUUACAGGAAGUGGAGGAAAAAGACCGGAAAACUAUUCGGGAAUCAAUGCCUGGCAUGCGUUUUAAUGGCAAACAAUUAUUUUUUGUCAGCUAUGGCCAGCUGUGGUGUGGUGAUGUCAACCCAGUUUAUCGUCAAUUACAAGAAUCUAUAGACACACAUGUACCGGAUAAAUUUCGUGUUAUUGGGCCUUUAUCUAAUUUUCCACAAUUUGCCAAAGUUUUUCAUUGUCCCGCGGGAAGUGGAAUGAAUCCCAUAAAGAAAUGUGAAAUAUAUUAA